ACAAAAAUUAUAGUUGAUUUUCGCCUUUCUUGGUUUGCACAGUUCGAACACCAGCUUUCGGCGAUGGUAUCCACAGUUCUAAUCGGGCACUUCUGGCGAGCGGUCGCAAAGAGAAAACAAUUCCCCGUCCAAGACCCAAGUUAAUAAUAAUAAUAAUAAGUCAACGUGUCCGUAGUCGAGUCAAUAUUUGGAUAGUGCGCUCGUUAGCUGGACAGGAAAAUCACAUAAGUAAAAGCCUUUUCACACGAUGAAGCUAUUAGUGUUUUGGCUAGUCUUUCUGAUUUCACAACUACAGAUCCAGGCCCAAACCCAGCUAAGCUAUGAGCAAGCUCGCCAGGCGGUACUUACGGCGGAGGAGGAGCUGAUGACUGGUGGACACACAUACCUGAACACCCAGGAGGCCAAGGUGGACGACAUAUUCAUGGAGUACAAGCUCGGGGAGCUGGCCCAGGGGUUCCGAAAUGCGGAGCAGAAUGCAGCAGCUCUGCACUUUUUCAAGGCCAAGCCGCUGAUCGAUCGAAGUGGCGUCUUCCGGUUCCUUCAGAAAAUGCCCAAGGGAUCGGUCCUACACCUGCACAACAGUGCCUCCGUGAGCUCCAAGUGGGUGGUGGACGACCUGUCCUACAUGUCCGGACUGCUGCGCUGCACCACGGCCACGGGCCGAAGUGUCCUGACAUUCCGGCGAUCGCCACAGAAGCACAAGUGUCAGUCGCAGUACGUCCGUGUUUCCGACGAGCGGCGCAACUCCUUGGAUCGCCAGGUCUACGAUCAGAAUUUCGAACGUCUGAUCAACUUAUAUACCCCAGUGCCAGAGCUGGAGUACCCAACCAUAACCCAUGUUUGGGAUCGGUUUCAGGACAUGUUUGACGUCCUCGGCGAUGCAAUAAGCUAUUUGCCAGCUUUUCGUUCUUAUCACUGGCAGAUGCUCGAGGAGCUCUACAACGACAAUAUUAUGUACGCUGAGAUUCGGACGAGUUGCAAGACGCUAUAUGACUCCAGUGGACGCACUUUUCCCCGGGAGCGUACUAUCCGAGAGUUAUACGAUCUAAAUGAGAAGUUUGUGAAGCUGCACCCCGACUUUCUGGGAUUCAAAGUCAUCAUUGCGGUCUUUCGUGGCUACGAAAUGGAUCAGCUUAAGGAAAACGUUGAGGAGUUUAGACAAAUGCACCGAGCUUUGCCCCAUUUCGUUGUUGGAUUUGAUUUGGUAGGUCAGGAGGAUAAGGGAAAACCACUUUAUAGUUUGCUGCCUGCCCUGAAGGAUUUGCCUCCAACCGCUCGCCUUUUCCUGCACGGCGGAGAGACCAAUUGGUUUGGUGCCUCCACGGACAUCAAUCUGCUAGAUGCUCUGCUGCUCAACACCACUCGAAUCGGCCAUGGUUACGCUCUGGCCAAGCACCCUAUCCUGCUGAAUGCCGUCAAGACCCGCCAGAUCGCCGUUGAGGUGAGUCCCAUUUCGAAUCAGGUGCUGCAUCUGGUUUGGGACCUUCGAAAUCAUCCGGGAGCCCAGUACUUGGCCCUUGAUGUGCCCGUGGUGAUAUGCAACGAUGACCCCGGGUUCUGGAAUGCCAAGGGUCUGAGCUACGACUUCUACUACGCCAUCAUGAGUCUGGCACCCAACAAUGCGGGUUUGAGAGUGCUCAAGAGUCUGGUGUGGAACUCGGUGCGAUACUCCACGCUGACGGAGGAGGAAAAGUCUCGUGCCUUCCAAAUCCUGGAGCUCAGCUGGUCGCGUUUCAUUGACAAGGUGUUGCAGGGCAAAGUGUUCUAAAUAAAGCU